UCUUCUCUCCUUUUACCCUCUAUUAUUCCUAGAAAGUACGGCGAAAGCGCAUCGUCCUUAUCCCUGGCCGGCUGCGUUGCUCCUCUAAUUCCUCUUUGAGGAAUCCCAGAUCAGAUUCGGAAAGGACUCCACAUCUCGCUGUGGUCGAACCCGCUGAAGAUUUUGACGAUGGCCACUAGUUUUGAUGCCGGCGAGUCGCCGUCGUCGUCGGGGGCCGAAUUCGAUGUGUUUUUGAGUUUCAGAGGCCCCGACACUCGCCACAACUUCACCGAUUUCCUCUAUCACGCCCUGUGUAGAGCUGGGAUUCGCGUUUUCAGAGAUGACGAGGAGCUCCGAGCCGGCGAAGAGAUCGGAGGCGAGCUUCUGGACGCCAUCAAAUCCUCCAAAAUAUACCUGCCCGUCUUCUCUAAAAACUAUGCAUAUAGUGCGUGGUGUCUUCGCGAGCUGACAUACAUGAUGGAGUGCAGGAGGCAAUCGAAUGAAAAAGUGCUCCUCCCCGUUUUCUAUGACGUGACUCCCCGCGAUGUGAGGCUAAUUCCAAGGUCUGCUGUAAAGAAGUACAGGUGGAGGCACCGCUUCCGUGAUAUUUUGAAAUGGGGGAACGCUCUGCUGGAGGCCGCAAAUAUCAGUGGAUGGGACGUGCAGGGUAGAGGCCAAGGCCAAGUCAUCCAAGAUAUUGUCGACCAGGUUUUGACCAGGCUGAUAAAAAGGAGGAGAAAUCUGCCUAAGCAUUUAGUCGGGAUUGAUGAUCAUGUGGAAGCUAUCACAGACUUGUUAAAUGGAGAUUCUCCCUAAUGCUUCGUACCUGGUCAUCCAUGGAAUGGGCGGCAUCGGUAAGACAACUCUCGCUAGUGCUGUCUGCAAUCGAAUCUCCAAACAAUUUCAAGAAUAUAGCUUCCUCUUGGAUGUUCGCGAUGUUGCGCAACGUGGUAGAAUUAUCGACUUACAAAAGCAGUUGUUAUCAGAAAUUUUUCAAGGCAGAUCUUUGGAGACCUUCUAUUCUGUUAAUGAAGGGAUUAACAUAAUAAGAGAAAGGUUUCGUGAUAAGAAAGUUCUCCUUGUUCUCGAUGACAUGGAUAACUGGGACCAACUCUCUCAACUAGCGGGAGAGAGCAAUUGGUUUGGUCCAGGAAGCAAAAUCAUCAUUACAACUAGGAACAUCAACUUUUUGUCAAUCAAAGAGAAGGACAGACAGUUUAAAUUCUAUGAACUGACAGGCUUGGAUUCUAAACAUUCGCUUCAGCUUUUCAGUAGACAUGCAUUUGGGAAGGAUUUCCCACCGGAUGACCUGGAUGACAUCUCCUGCAGAAUUUCUAGCAAAACAGGUGGACUUCCACUAGCCCUUGAGGUUAUUGGUUCCUCACUUUGCAACAAAAGCAAAAGGUUUUGGAAAGAAACGUUAAAGAAAUUAGAUUCAGAGCCCAAACAGGAAGUCUUCAAUAAAUUACAUAUCAGUUAUGGCCUGUUAGAUCAUCAUCAGAGAGAAAUCUUUCUUGAUAUAGCAUGUUACUUCAUUGGGAAAGAAAGACUAUACCCGUACUAUAUGUGGAAAGCUUGCAACUACUUCCCGGAGAGUGAUGUACUUGUCCUUUCUCGUAUGUCUUUGAUAAAGAUAGUAGAAAAUGAUACACUGUGGAUGCAUGACCAGCUGAGAGAUUUUGGUAGAGAAAUUAUUCGACGUGAAAAUAUCAAUAAUACCAGAAUGUGGAGCAGGUUGUGGGAGCCGGAGAUUGCCUUCAGGGUCGUUCAGAUGAAACAAGGGACAGACAAAAUCGUAGCACUCAGACUAACGGGACUCUCCAAAGUCCACAAUUUCACGGAUGAAGAAUUUUCAAAGCUGCCCAAUCUAAGAUUCUUGGAAUUAGAGGGCGGGAACCUGGAAGGGGACUUUGAGAAUCUUCUUUCCAAGUUAACAUGGCUCUCUUGGAGUUGUUGCCCUUCAGAAUUAAAGGCGAAAAAUUUAUGUUUGGAGAAAUUAGCCGUGCUCGAGCUUUCAGAAAGUGACAUUACUGAAGAUUGGACUGGAUGGGGGUCAUGCCUGAUGAGUGAGGACUUGAAAGUUGUACAAAUCACUCGUUGCCCAAACUUAAAACGGACUCCCGACUUCUCAAAAUGCUCGAAUUUGAAGAGAUUGGUUCUUCAAGAUUGUACGACUUUGCUAGUGGUUGAUGGCUCUCUCUCUAAACUAGAGCGCCUGAAGCACUUGCAAAUUUGCGUGAUGGUUUUGCCGGAGAGAGAUGUCAUGUUCCCACCAAUCAAUCUGGCUACUCUUUCUCACCUUCGGACUCUUGAGAUAACUUGUGUCAAACCCCGAUCUCUCAUGGGGCUUCCAUCUAGUCUUGAAGAAUUGACUCUAUACGAUGUUGAGUCACCAAUAGAUAGGUCACUCUUUUCCAACUCGGCAAACCUAUCAAGUUUGUGCCUUUGUAAAUGCCGGUUGGGGGAGGUAGAAUUUGAUGAUGUGCUUGGACAGCAGCUGGAGAAGCUUUGUAGUUUGGAGGUGAGGGAUGGUGAAUUGCUUGAGAGGCUAUCUGUAGCAAGAUUAAAGGGGCUCCGACGGUUGAGUGUGUUUGGUUGCCCGAAGCUAAUGGAUUCUCAAUUUCUGGAGGAAUUGAAAUCGCUAGAGGCGUUAUCUAUUCAUGAAUGCAGUUCCAUAAGACUGUUGCCUCAGCUAUCAGAAUUAAGGAAUUUGAGGAGAUUGCAUCUCAAAAAUUGUCCCCUACAAAAUUUGUCCGAUCUACGUCUUCCAGACACGUGUCAUUUGAUGAUUGAAGGAUGUGGGGCUUUUCCUUCCUUUGAUGGCGAUUACAAGAAAUGGAAGGAUACUCUGUCUGGACCAUAUUGACAGCCAACUCUAGAAGAAAGAGUUAUCUCAUAUUCUCAUGCAGUUGUAGUCGUGAGUUUCUAAAGAAAGGGAAAAGGAAGGUUUUGUUCAUGAUUCGUUGCUGAAUAUUAGGACUUAGAAGUGCCAGUUGUGCAACGGUUGUGGAAGAAGUUACUAAGGGUGUGGAAAUGUCAUUAGCCUCACUUAAAUUAGUGUUUGCGCGAGGAGAUUGAUUACUUAAGCUAGUCCCAUAUGUAGUGGAGGAGAGAGGAAGGUCUUUCAAGGAAGAUAGAGUCAUUGGAUAAUUAUUUGCAGAACCGCGAAAGAUAAUUCUUGGAGUAAAUGGCAAGCUAGAAUUUCGUUUGGCAA